GUUGACCCCUCGUUCCACCCCGAUUUUUUUUGAUUUGAAAUGAAAAUCUGGAAAAACGCUCCGAUUUUUGAUUUGAGGGGGAAAUAUUUUUCAGUUUUUUUUAUCCCCGUAGCUUCAAACCCCUAGUUAGGGGCUUCAACUCCCCAAAUUUGAAUAGGGGAUAGAGGUCGUGUCAUAGGUACCUCUUCUUAAAGGUCUCAUCGAGUUCAUUAUGAUCCUAGAAUUUCGUCUCAUUAUUUUGAUCUGUAACGAAAUGACAGCUUGUCAAAAUCUUGGAAUAAACAAGUCAUUGGAAUAAACUAAUGUUUUAGUAGUAAAAGCAGCAUUUGAAUCAUAGUUCCCCCUCAAAUCAUAAAUUGACGUGUUUGAACGUUUUUCCAGAUUUUCAUUCCAAAUCCAAUAAAUCUAGGUAGACUGUUUUCCCUGGGACACCCUGUAUAACUUGUAUGAUAAGAUUAUAUUAAAACUAUCUUCCAACUUUUUCAAUUCAAAUUUUCUACCUCAGUACCUACAUUUCCUUCCAAUUAAUAAGCAACUUUUUCUAAUUAAUUUAUCUUUAUGUAUUAACAUAUUAAAACAUAAUUACAUCACAUUUAUUUGUUGAAAAUUCUUUAUUUACAAUACCCAUAAACUUUUAUCUUUUAGUUCAAGCUGAUUACCCCAAAUCUCUUUAAUAUUUUUUUGUCUUCGUCUUUUACACAAGUAUUAAAAAAGGAUAAAGAUAAUUUGGUGCAGUAAAUUUUGACAUUAGUUACAUAACCCUACUUUUUCUUCUUUGGUCUUUGCCUUCUUGGUUUUAAAAGUAAACGCAAUAAAAGCCUGUUUUUUAGUGUAAAUACAAGAGUGACUCUUUGAAAUUACCAGGAAAGAUGGAAAACGAGGUCCUAAAAGAAAAUACGCUUUUGGGUAUGGGAAACCCGCUGCUAGACAUUUCCGCAACAGUCGAAAAAGACUUCCUAGCAAAGUACGACCUGAAGGCAAACGAUGCUAUUCUAGCAGACCCUGAAAAACACAAAACCCUAUACUCUGAAUUGAUGGACAAUUUCAAUGCGGAAUACAUUGCAGGAGGUAGCGUUCAAAACGCCUUAAGAGUGUGCCAAUGGUUGGUGGAAAAACCAAAAGCAACCACUUUCUUUGGUUGUGUUGGAGUUGAUCAAUAUUCAAAAAUACUACACGAUAAAGCUGUAACAGAUAGAGUCAAUGCUAAAUAUCAGUAUACUGAUAAGGAGCCUAGUGGUACUUGUGCUGUGCUGGUCACAGAUCAUCACAGGUCCCUUUGUGCGAAUUUAGGAGCAGCUAAUUGUUUCACAAUUGAUCACAUAAGAAAGCCUGAAAACAAGAAACUGGUAGACAAUGCUAAGUUUUAUUAUAUUUCUGGCUUCUUUUUAACAGUUAGUCCUCCUUCAAUAAUGGAAGUAGCUAAGGUUGCUUUGGCAAACGAUAGGCCUUUAAUAAUGAACCUUAGUGCACCCUUCAUUUGCCAAUUUUAUAAGGAACCUUUAAUGCAAGUUUUACCUUAUGUUGAUGUUGUUUUUGGAAAUGAAACGGAAGCAGAAACUUUUGCUCAAGAGCAAGAUUUUGGUACCAAGGACAUCAAAGAAAUUGCAUUGAAAAUUUGCAAACUACCCAAACAAAACGAGAAGCGUUCUAGAGUUGUGGUGCUAACUCAAGGGGUGGAUCCAGUAAUUUUAGCUUGUGAAGGCAAUAUUAAAGAGUUCACUGUCCAAGCUUUGCCUGCUGAACAAUUAGUUGACACUAAUGGAGCAGGAGAUGCUUUUGCAGGAGGAUUUUUGUCUCAGUACAUUGAAGGCAAAGACUUGGAUGUUUGUGUAAAGUGCGGCUUGUGGGCUGCAAGGCAAAUAGUACAAAGGAAUGGUUGUACUUUUGAAGGUAAAGCCACUUUUGAUCCUUCAAAGGAAUGAUGAUAGGUUUUUUUUCUUGUACUUACAAGCUCAUUCCUAUUUUAAGUCCAAUAACAAGUUUGUUUCAAUAAUUUAGCAUUUAGAGGGAUUAAAUAAAUUCUAUUACUAUACAUGUACUUAUGUAUGUAAAUAAUAUAAUAUGCAAUAAUUUUUUACCUUGUUGUCUUAAUAAUAAAACUGUUGACUUAUCUUACUUGGAGAGUUUUCUUUUAA